AUGAUUCAUGUUCACCCCAUCUUUCUUUUCUUCUUCUCCCCUUCCUCUCUACCCAAUUUCUUGGUUAGGGUUAGCGUUGGCGGCGACGGCUGAAGGUGAACGACGAACAACAAUCUUUCUAUUGCCCUUUCUCCUUCUAUUCUUGGAGGGGUCGUCUCUUUGUCCCGACUCGGAGUGGGAAGUGGAGAACUGCAGGGAAGGAAUCAGUACUGAUGGAGCCAACUGAGGAGAAGGAAUCCAUAGCAGAGGCUUCCAAUUAGGUUUCUUGGGAGUUCAGGAUGCUAAUCAAUGGCAAUGAUCUGGAUAACCUCAAGCAAUUGCAUAACCUCAUGUCCAGGCACUUGAAGGCACUGGUGGCGGAGGAAGAUCCGACGAUGACGUUUGUCUGGACCGGGAUUGUAGUACUGAAGCAGGGAGCUGAUUCGGUUGGCUGAGGUGGGAGAUCGGCGGUGGUGUUUUGAGCGGCGGUGGUGUUCUCGAUGGUGCAAAAAGGAAGGGGAUAAGAAUUAAGAAGG